GACCAGAGGAAGGCUACGUCGCUGUUUGGUCCUCCAAACCCACUCUUGCGUGUCUUUUCUGCACUUUUAUUUUUAUUUUUUUACCGGAGUCUAACCCCAAGUUGGGCUUGCUGAAAACUCCCUCCCCCCUCCUCGCCCCCCCUCACACACACCGUAACGGGUCCGGCUGUGAUUCCCAGUGCAAAACCUCGCAUAUCCAUGUGGAAACCUUCUCCAAACUUGAUUGGGAUUAUGAAUUUUGUGUGAGGAACAGAAAGAGCGAGAAGGGGAUCUUCUCCGGAGCAGUUCGGCAUGUAGCGGGCACCUGUCCAUCUUCCUCGCCGUCAUCCGAACAUCUGGUGGGAAUGGGCCAGCACCUGGCCAGAGUGCAUCUCUCCACCCGGUGGUACGGCCGGCAUCGUGCGAGAGUGAGGGGGGCAGCGGCCAGAUCGUAAAAAAGGCCAGGUCCCCCCCAUCAUUUUUUUAUUUUUAUUUUUUUGGUGACUUUUGGCCCUACCGCCCUCGUCGUGCCCGGCUGCCAGCUAUGCCCUUUCGGCUGAAGCUGCGGCGCACACGGCGCUAUAACGUCCUGAGCAAGAACUACUUUGUGACGCGCAUUCGUCUGCUGGACAGCAAUGUGAUCGAAUGCACUCUGUCGGUGGAGAGCACGGGGCAGGAAUGCCUGGAAGCCGUGGCCCAGCGACUGGAACUCCGGGAGACCCACUACUUCGGCCUGUGGUUCCAAGGGAAGAACCAGACUCCGGCACAGCGCUGGGUGGAGCUGGAGAAGCCCCUCAAGAAGCAAUUGGACAAGUUUGGCAACGAGCCGCUGCUGUUCUUCGGGGUGAUGUUCUACGUUCCCAGCGUCUCUCGCUUGGAGCAGGAAGCCACAAGGUAUCAGUACUACCUUCAGGUGAAGAAGGAACUGUUGGACGGACGCCUCCACUGCACGGUGGAGCAGGGCAUCCGACUAGCCGGCCUAGCAGUACAAGCUGACUUUGGGGAUUUCACUCAGUUUAUGUCUCAGGACUUCCCCAGGGAGUACGUGCUCUUUCCGGUGAACUGGCCUAAUGGGGAUGAGGUGCUAGAGGAGUGGACUCAAAAGGUUGCAGAAGAGCACAAGAGCCACUGCCGGAUGCAAGCGGCCGAGGCGGAGCUCUUGUACAUCAAGGAGGUGGAGAAACUGGACGGCUUUGGCCAGGAAAGCUUCCCUGCUAAGGACAACUACACCAACGAUAUUUUCAUCGGCAUGUCUUUCAUCGGAGUGUUUGUCAAACACAGAAACGGGAGGUCCAUCAUGCUCCACAGGUGGAAGGACAUCGGCACCAUAGCACACAACAAGUCAGCCAUCACAGUGGAGAUAACGAGCAGGGAUGACACCAUCAUUUUUCACACGGAGGACAUGGAAAUGGCAAAGUACAUCGCUCGUCUUUUCACGGCCAGACACAAGUUCUACAAACAGAACAAGAUUUGUGCGGAGCCCACUCAUUCCCCCGCGCCAAUCAGAAGGCGACCCACCUGGACUCACCGCCUCUCUCUGCCAUGGCCGCAGACCUGUAACUUCCAGACAAUGCAUUCCCAGUAUGGAGAACAUUAUCAAGACACACAGAGCUCUCAAGAUAGUAUCUUCCAUGAUGACCCGUACUACAAGUCCCAGACCAGCCUGGACCACUGCCAAGUGGACUUCCCCUUCCGUAACGGCACCUUGCCCAACGGCAGCAUGUACAGCAGCCCCAGCCUGAGCUCCCUCAACCACUCGCAGACCUUCAUCCCGCCCUCGCCGCUCUCCUCCAACCUCAGCAUCCCGGGCAGCGAGCUCAUGCGCCCGGACUACAUCCCCAGCCACCGCCACAGCGCCAUCAUCGCUCCGUCCUACCGCCCCACGCCCGAGUACGACGCCGUGAUGCGGCAGAAGCGGCGCAUCCUCCCCGCGCACCACGACCUCCACAGCCAGUCGCUGCGCAGUCUGAACAUUAGCAACGCCUGUGCUUACCGCCAGCCUGAGGCCUUGGUCUAUAGCCAGCCAGAAAUGAGGGAGAGGGCGCCUUACCAUGGACUUGGACCCAGUCCAGGACCUUACACACAGAUCAGCUACAGUAAGCCGGUGUCUCACGGCCCUCAUCAGGGAGGACCGGCGAGCAGUCAGGGGCCGUGUCAUUCGCCAUGCAUCAACGGAGGCGGCGGCGUUGGCGGCGGCGUGGGGAGCUCAAUAUCUCACACCGUCAGCACACCCGAGCUCGCUAAUACCAAACAGCAAGGGACUAACCCUGGGAACUACGCCGCCACGCCUCACAUCAUGAGAAGCCACAUAUCGCGGCCUCCCCCGCCGUAUCCCUCCGCCCCCUUCCGGCCCGCCACCAGCACGCCGGACCUGGCGAGCCAUCGCCUCCGCUGCAUCGGGGGCAGCAGUCCGGAGCUGGUGACCCGCAUGGUGCAGCUGUCGGUGAAGACUUUCCAGCCCGACAGCUCGGCGGUGGUGCACCAGUCCCUGCAGGAGGUCAGCGAGCCGCUCACCACGGCGGCGAAGCACCGCUCCGCGCUGGGCAAGAGGCACAGCAUGGAGGUGAUCAGCAGCAUGAGGGCCGGCGGUGGCAUGGAGGCCAUGGUGAUGAAGGGCAUGAACGCGCCUCUUCAUCGGAGGAACACUCUCCGGGAGCAUGUGAUGCCUCCUCACCCGCAUCCUCCUCAAGCCGUAGACCUGCCAAUACCCAUCCCUCCCCAGCAGGAGGAGCCGCCCGCUCCCGUCACCUAUCAGCAUCAAAAAACCCUCUCCAACGCCACCAUGCUCAUCCACAGCAGUGAGAGCGAGGAGGAGGAGGAGGAGGAGGAGGAGGAAGAGAGGCCUGAGCUUGAUGUUCAAAUCCCGGGUCUUAACGAGGACAUCAGCAUCAGCGCCCAGUUGCAGGCCGCCUUGGCCAAACUGCCCAACAAACCCCCUCCGGAGUACCCCGGUCCUCCCAGACCUCCCAGCAUCGUUUCCACCCGCGCUCACCACCACAACACCGCGCCGCACGGACGCCACGGGUUCAUGGACCCCGGCCAAGCCCAGGUCGCCGGGGAUGGCGACCCUGAAAGCGGCGGCGGUGGGACUCUAACGCGCGGCGAGCAGGGCGGGCUGAACGGGAACCUUUUGGGGCCGUCCAUUUCAGAACCCGACCUGACCAGCGUGAAGGAGAGGGUGAGGAAGGAGCCGGUGAAGGAGAGGCCCGUGUCGGAGAUGUUCUCUUUGGAGGACAGCAUCGUGGAGAGGGAAAUAGCUCAGAGGACGCUGGAGAGACAGAAGAUGUCCGUGGACUCCAUGAAGAGACCCCUGAUGAUGGCAGCCCUCAAUGGCCUCUACGUGGCCCGGAUGCCCGUCCCGGAGUGUCCUGCGGAGGAUGGCGCCAAGGCUGCCACUGAUGAGCGGUGCAAGACGCUGGAGCUCAAGCUGGAAGAGGAGAGGGUCUUCACCGAGUACGAGCAGGUGCCCAAAAAGAGGGCGGACAGCACCCUGACCACGGCCACCCUCCCCGAAAACGCCGAACGCAACCGAUUCCGCGACGUGGUGCCGUACGAGGAGAACCGCGUGGAGCUGGUGCCCAACAAGGAGAACAACACGGGCUACAUCAACGCCUCGCAUAUCAAGGUGACCAUCAGAGGGGAGGAGUGGACCUACAUCGCCACCCAGGGCCCGCUCGCCAACACCUGCGCCGACUUCUGGCAGAUGGUCUGGGAGCAGGGGGUCAGCGUCAUCGCUAUGGUUACGGCCGAGGAGGAGGGCGGCAGGCCCAAGAGUCACCGCUAUUGGCCCAAACUGGGCUCUAAGCACAACUCGGCCACGCACGGCAAGUUCAAGGUGACCACCAAGUUCCGCACCGACUCGGGGUGCUACGCCACCACGGGGUUAAAGGUCAAACACCUGCUGUCGGGCCAGGAGAGGACGGUGUGGCACCUGCAGUACACCGACUGGCCCGAGCAGGGCUGCCCCGAAUACGUCCAGGGGUUCCUCUCCUACCUGGAGGAGAUCCAGUCUGUGAGGAGACACACCAACUCCAUGUUGGACACCUCCAAGAGCCUCAACCCCCCGGUGGUGGUGCACUGUAGCGCGGGGGUGGGCCGCACAGGUGUGGUCAUCCUCACUGAGCUCAUGAUCAGCUGUCUGGAGCACAAUGAGCCCGUGGAGGUGCCCACCAUGUUGUCAGGUCUUAGGCAGCAGAGGAUGCUGAUGGUCCAGACCAUCUCACAGUACAAGUUUGUGUACCAGGUCCUCAUUCAGUUCCUUAAGAACUCCCGUCUCAUUUAGCUCCGUCAUGUUGUUGGAGAGUCUAGGCCAGAGGUGUCAAACUCAUUUUAGAUGGGAGGGCCAAAUGGAGAAAAAUCUACUCACGAGUGGUAAAAUCACGGCACGAUAACUUCAAAACAAAGACAACUUCAGAUUGUUUUGUUUAAAAAUAGAACAAACACAUUCUGAAAAUGUACAAAUCAUUAUUUUUUUUAUUUUUUUUUACACAUACAUGUUGCGGUUAAUAGUAUUCUACCUUUAUUUGUUGUUAUUUAUACUUUCUGAAUAAAUGAUGUGAUAAUGGUGGUCAUUUUUAAUCCAUCAACGUAAAAAAUAAUAAUAUCAAAAUCAAAUUACAGGAUGUUAUUUAUGUACCGUAUUUUCCGCACUAUUAGCCGCACCUAAAAACCACAAAUUUACUCAAAAGCUGACAGUGCGGCUUAUAACCCGGUGCGCUUUAUAUAUGGAUUAAUAUUAAGAUUCCUUUUCAUAAAGUUUCGGUCUCGCAACUACGGUAAACAGCCGCCAUCUUUUUUCCCCGUAGAAGAGGAAGUGCUUCUUCUUCUACGCAAGCAACCGCCAAGGUAAGCACCCGCCCCCAUAGAACAGGAAGCGCUUCUUCUUCUACUGUAAGCAACCACCCGCCCGCGUAGAAGAAGAAAAAGCGCGCGGAUAUCACCGUACGUUUCAUUUCCUUUGUGUGUUUACAUCUGUAAAGACCACAAAAUGGCUCCUACUAAGCGACAGGGAUCCGGUUCAUGAAAAGACGCAAUCUCUCCAUCCGCACACGGACUACUAUUUCACAGCAACUGCCUAAAGACUUUCAAGAAAAGCUGGCUACUUUCCGUGCAUAUUGUAAAAACAAGAUAGCUGAAAAAAAGAUCCGGCCAGAGAACAUUAUCAACACGGACGAGGUUCCACUGACUUUUGAUAUUCCUGUGAACCGCACUGUGGAUACAACGGGAGCACGUACGGUGAAUAUUCGCACCACAGGGAAUGAGAAGUCAUUCUUCACUGUGGUUCUAGCUUGCCAUGCUAAUGGCCAGAAACUUCCACCCAUGGUGAUAUUCAAAAGGAAGACCUUGCCCAAAAGAGACCUUUCCAGCCGGCGUCAUCAUAAAAGCUAACUCGAAGGGAUGGAUGAAGAAAAGAUGAGCGAGUGGUUAAGGUAAGUUUACGCGAAGAGGCCGGGUGGCUUUUUUCACGCAGCUCCGUCCAUGUUGAUAUACGACUCCAUGCGCGCCCACAUCACGCUGGUUUUUAAUAUAUUAUUAAAGUUUGACUGACCUAUUUGACUGUUUUUUUUGACAUUCCUUUAGCGCAGUUAGAUGCGGCUUAUAACACGGGGCGGCUUAUAGGUGGACAAAGUUUUGAAAUAUGCCGUUCAUUGAAGGCGCGGCUUAUAACCCAGGGCGGCUUAUGGUGCGGAAAAUACGGUAGUUUGCUCAUUUUCCUCGACUGGUGCACUAACACGUGGUUUAUUUUGUACAUAUGUAGCAUCAUCUGCAAAGAAUUGCUAUUGCGACAUCUAGUGGACACAUUUAAAACAGCAGUUGCUUUCACUCCAAAUUUUGGGCUCAUUUUUAUACUUUGCAAAGUCAUCCCGCUGGCCGGGUAAAACCUGUUCGUACGUUUUGACACCCCUGGUCUAGGCCUUUCAGUUGCGUUACAAUCCGCCUACGCCGAUGUAAAAUAUUAUGGGAAAUAAUCUAAUCACAUUAGCGUGUUAAUUCAUGGAUUUAUCAAGUCCUCUAAAUUAAUGAGCAAAUCCUGGUUUCACCUCAUUUACUGUAUUUCUGUUAACAUGUAACAACAACUACAUUUCAACAAUAAUUCCCUGAGAUGCAAUUGUUUUUAUAUACUUAAUAGUCUGCCUGUUGGACUCACAUGUGUAAAUACUGUAUCUUUGUGCUGAUAUCCACACACCUAUCUGUUGUUUUUUUACCUCCAAAGAUGGAAUCUUGAAAUCAGCAUCUAUUAAUAUUAUUUGUCUUGUUGUGAGAGCAAGAAACGGUCUAUCUUCCUCUCAGGAAAGAGAACGCUGAUAUUUGGGUUUGGUUUUUGAAGGAAAAAAAACAAUCAUUCAUUAAAAUGAUACUUCUGUACAUACACUAAUGGACGUGCGUGACAAAACUUUUUAUAUCUUUCCUGACUUGGUACUCCAAAAUACCGCGACCUGUUUAAACUAUGCAUGCUUUUUAAGAUAUUUUCAUUGUAUAUAUAAACAUAUAUAUAAAUAUAUUCUCAGAUAUAUAUAUAUAUAAGCUUCCUGCUCUCUUUACAUUCAAGUGUUUUCUUGCACUUCCAUGUCACGCGGCAUUCCACUGUUUGUUCAUAUUUAAUCCUAUUUUUUUGCUAAACCUCACCCUUUACAAAAGAGAUGUGUACAUAUAUUUUGUAUAUGUGUUUCCACUGCAUUCCCCUUACUCAAACAUGUACUUGCUUUUUAAGCAAUAAAGCCUUAUUUUCUUUAAGAGUGGCCGACAGCUGUAUUGGUUAUUAAUGAAGUGUUUAUGUGCAGAGGGGAAUUCCUCUCCCUUCGCGCUAAGAGUGACGAGGAGCCGAGAGCUUUUCGUGCAAACAUGCACGCUUUUUAACGGGGCUCCCUGGUG